CACUGAGACGCGCUGAAAUCAAUCAUGUUUCGCAUCCCAUUGAGCGAGGCCACGAACUUUCGUGUGCUGUAUCGCGUGGAGUUGCGUAAGUUUGGCAAGAGGAAGAGAUUCUCGACGGGAGAUGUGGAGAAGUUGCUCUACAUCUUCCACAAAAUUUGCACGGUGAAGCGCGAGAAGGUCAUGACGAGGGAUCAAUUUGUGAACAUGUUGACGCUGCUGGUGAAGCCGAAUGUCCACUUUCUGCACUAUCGCACUCUUGAGGUGCUCUGCGGCGGCAUAAAGAUGUUCGUGGGUCCGGAAGUGUGGAUGAAAACCAUGGAGAUCUUCUUCAGUAGCAACUUUGCGGAGAAAAUGGAGUUCUGCUUCGGCAUUUACGAUGUCUUCGGCGAGGGAUUCAUACGUAGGGAUUACAUGAUGAGGUUCCUGGGCGACUGCUUCAUCAGCGGCAGUGUUCAGGAGCGGGAGGAGGCCAGGAAGGAUCUCAUCUAUGUGGUCUUGAGGACGUUCAGGAGUCAGGCGCGCCACAAGCUGUCGCUGAAGGAGUACAAAAAGGGCGUCACGAGAAUUCCACUUCUGCUGCAAUUCCUUGGUCCGUGUCUGCCGGAUGUAACGAAGGAGCAAUUUUUCGAUUUGCUGCUGCAGAAGAAAAUUAUUUGA